AUGGCGUCCGAGUUCAAGGACCUAGCGCCGGUGGUACCGCCGCCGUACCACCCGGACUCGCCAAAGCGUACCGAGUCCGAUAUCGACGAGAAGGGGUCCAUCAUCGACGAAAAGCACCCGGUCACGGCGAAGGACCUGAAGCACGUCGCCCUCGAGUCGGAUGUCGGUGACGUCUUUGAAGGACCCCGCGCCAUUGAUCUAGGCGCGGACGGCAAGGAGCGCCCUAUCGAAACCGAUGCGGAUUAUUCUACCCGUCUUCUCUCCCUCGAGGAUGAUCCGUCGUUGCCUAUCUUCACUUUUCGCAUGUGGUUCCUCGCUCUCGGUCUGUCCUGUUUCGGCUCCGUGCUCGGGCAGAUCUUCUACUUCCGCCCGCAAACGGUCUCCGUCAGCCAGCUCUUCCUGCAAAUCAUCGCCUACAUCCUCGGAAAGGCCAUGGAAGAGGUCAUCCCCGGCCCGCACCAGGUGGGCCGGUGGAAGACGCCGGACAACGCCUUCUGGCGCUUCAUGAACGGCGGACCCUUCAACCUCAAGGAGCACGUUGCCAUCACGAUCAUGGCCGCCACCGCGUCCGACUCGGCGCUCGCCAUCAGCAUCUUCGCCGCGCAGGACCUGUACUACAACGUCGUCCCCAACGCCGGCGUCGGCAUCUUCACCCUCAUCGGCUCGCAGCUCAUCGGCUACGGCAUGGCUGGUAUCAUGCGCGUGUUCCUCGUCUACCCGACCUACGCCGUCUACCCGCAGCUCGUGCCCACUGUGCAGCUCUUCGACGCGCUCCACCGCGGCAAGAGCGCGAUACUGCAGAAGAAGCGUCUGCGUUUCUUCUGGGCUGUCUUUAUCGCUAUCUUCGUGUGGGAAUGGUUCCCCGAAUACAUCGCUCCGACUCUCACUGGUGUGAGUAUCUUCUGCUUGGCCGACCAGAAGAGCGCGUGGUUCACUCGUAUUUUCGGUGGUGCUGCCGGUAAUGAGGGCCUCGGCGCUUUCUCGCUCUGCUUCGACUGGGCGUACGUCGGCUCGGGCGGCGGCUCCAUCGGCUCGCUCUUCACCCCGCUCUCAACUCAGCUCUCGCUCUACGGUGGCUGCGCCGUCUGCAUGAUCGCGUUCUGUGCAUGCUAUGCGCAGAAUGUCUGGCACGCACAGAACUUCCCGUUCUUGACCCAGCUCCUGUUCUACGAGAACGGCACGGAGUACGACCAGUUGCUGAUCCUCAACGACGACUACACCCUUAACUACACCAAACUUGCAGAGCAGGGCCUGCCGUGGUACGCGGCGUCGCAGCUGCUGUACAAGAUCUCGCGUACGAUGUACAUCGGUGCCGCCGUCACGCACUUCAUCCUCUGGCACUCGAAGUCUAUCUACGGUAUCAUCAAGAAGGCGCGCACCGAGGAGUGCGACGACCCUCACUACCAGAAGAUGAAGGUUUACAAGGAGGUACCGUGGUACUGGUACGUCGCGAUCUUUGUCGCGACGAUCGCCAUGGCCCUCGCGACGUCGUACACCGCGCACUCCGGUCUCCCGUGGUGGGGUCUCUUCGUCGCCCUCAUCUUCGCGACUGCCUUCGUCCCUGUCAUCGGCACGCUCUACUGCACGGUCGGUUACUCCCCGAGUAUUGAGAACUUGGUUCAGAUGGUUGGCGGAGCUAUCAUCCCCGGAAAGCCGGUGGCGAACAUGUACUUCACGCUCUACGGCUACAACAGCGUGUCGCAGUCGCUGAACCUGCUCCGCGACCUCAAGCUGGGUCAAUACACCAAGCUCCCGCCUCGCGUCACAUUCGCCGUGCAGACCAUCGGGACCAUCAUUGGCGGCGUGCUCAACUACGUCAUCAUGAGGACCGUUCUCAGCUCCCAGCGCGAUAUUCUGCUCGACGUCCAGGGCAGCAACGUCUGGUCCGGCCAGCAGGUGCAGUCGUACAACUCCGAUGCCAUCGCUUGGGGUGCGCUCGGCAAGCCGCUGUACGCGACCGGCACCCGCUACGGUUUCGUUCCCUACAUGCUCCUCGCGGGUCUCGGGUUCCCAAUCCCCUUCUGGUGGCUGCACAAGAAGUACCCCAACUUCGGCUGGAACAACGUCUUCACCCCGAUCCUCGUCGCCGAGCUCGGCUACCUCAGCGUCGGCAUCAACUCUUCAGUCUUCACCUCCUUCGCCCUUGCCAUCUUCUCGCAGUGGUACCUCCGCAAGUACCGCGCCACCUGGUUCCGCAAGUACAACUUCCUCCUCAGCGCGGCCUUGGACGGUGGUACCCAGGUCAUGGUCUUCGUCUGGACGUUCGCUGUGGGCGGUGGCAGCGGCACCGUGCACCCGUUCCCCACUUGGGCGCUCAACCCGACGGGCAACCCCGAUUACUGUAAGAGGCUAACAUGA